AGUAAGCUUCGACCUAUUAAUCAAUUCGUUUCUUUUGAAAACAGUUAACUUCCUAAAAUCUUCAGGAAAUAUUUUGCUAUAUUUGUUAUAGUUUCCGUCUACAACAAAUUUUUAAGUCUGUAAAUUUGUGUAAUAUGACCCAAAGUGAGAGAAGCCUGAAUCGUGGAAAGUGUAAAAAGUCACCUAUAAAAUGCAGCAGACCCGGUCCGAUUACGAAUAAUGGAUAUUUGAACUUUUUGCGCGACUUUCGAAAAACGCAUUGUGGCCUAAAGCCUAGGGAAUUGAUCAUAAGAGCAGCCCGAUCCUGGAAUCGUCUCUGCGAGUCUAAAAAGGAUCACUAUAGGCGCAUGGCCGCCAAAGUCAGUGCUCAGCGAAGGAAGGGUCCAGUUUGCCGAGAUUGCGAAAGGGAUAUAAAAAUCCUUUCUUCCGCAUUUGUUAAUGUUACUGAAAAGAAAGGUACCAAGCCACUGUAAUGGAUAUUCUAUCUGGACAACCUAUUUUAAAUUUUAGUAAAAUUGUAACGUUAAAUUAGAUAAUUUUAAUAGAUCAGACAAGGUGUGGGAUGUAUUGAUGUAUGACCUCA